GGGGUCGCGUAUUUAGCGCCCGUGUAGCUAAAUCGAGCCAUCCAUCAUGCAGCCAAUUCAACGCAGCGCUUAUAAGGCUGCCAUGUCUGCUUUUCGAGGCUGCAUUUCAUGGCAUUCUAACCAUUUCCCUGUCGUUACAUAGCCGUCACUUUGAACCAGUACAAUGGGGUUGACCUUUUACGAAAUCGACCCCAGCGGGGAUACGCUUCUCAUCCUCCAGAAUGCAAAUGCGCCAUUUGCGGUUCUUCCAUCAUCAGGAGCACAAGCAAAACAGAAAGCAGCUGACUCAACUCCAGAUGAUAAAACAGCAGGCAAGGCGCCGGAUGCAGACAGCAAGCCGAAGGAGCAAGGCAGCAAGCCAAAGGAUGCAGACAGCAAACCGACAGUACAAAUGCGCCUCUCGUCAAAGCAUCUCACAUUAGCAUCCAAGUAUUUCCAGAAAAUGACGGCCAAUAAUUGGAAGGAAUCCAAGGAGGCCACGCCUGACGUUGGCUAUUCGUAUGUUAUCAACGCAAAUGACUGGGACGAAAAGGCGCUGCUGCUUUUGAUGAACAUCAUCCACGGGCGGACCUCAAAGGUUCCGCGAUAUAUUGACCUCGAGUUGCUUGCCAAGGUGGCCGUUCUGGUCGACUACUACCAAUGUCAUGAAGCUGUCGCCUUCUACUCACAGACGUGGCUAAGCUCCAUAUUCAUCGUUAUUCCGAGGAAGGGCGAAAGAGACUACAUGCUCAGGCUCGUCGUAUGCUUGGUGUUUUCAGAAGUAUUCAACUUUCAGCUAUUAACAAAGACGAUUAUAUGGGGGGCCACCGGGCCCAUCGAUUCGCUUGGCCUACCAAUUCAGCAAAAAAUCAUAGACGCGCUCAACAAGUCACGGGAGGAUGCCAUUGAGACCGUUGUAGCUGAAUUUUUUGAAGUGAGGCGGCGCUUGUGCGAGGAUCAAGCGCACUCGUUCGAAUGCUCCUCCAUACACUUGGGCGCUCUCCUCAAGGCCAUGUCCAAGAUGGGCGUCAUGGAUCAUACCUUAGUCAGCCCAUGGCCUGGCCACAGCCUGUUGACCCUUGAACAGGCCAUUCGCGACAUCAAGGAACCAACCUGGAAAAGUAACUGCCCGGAGAGUUCUACGCCUCCAAAGGAAUCUACAGAGGAAUCUACAAAGACGACUACAAAGUCCAGCAAUGAUUCUGAUGGCGCCCCUUCCACAAAUACCAAGACUCCUCCCGCUCCAGCCGCCACCGCUCCAAGAUCUGGUUUCCCUGCUACUUCAUCUGGGGGUCUGUUUGGAAGUGGUACUUCCGCCCCGACCGGGGGAUUUGGAACAAAUGCUUCAUUGGGAGGUCUAUUUGGCAACAAUGCCAAUACCGUUCCGACUGGAGGUCUGUUUGGCAGUGGUAAUACCGCUCCGACUGGAGGUCCAGGUUUCCAAUUUGGCAAAAAGGCCAAUGCUGCUCCGACUGGGGGCGGCCUCUUUGGCAAUGGCACUCCCGCGCCAACUGGGGGUCUAUUUGGCAAUGGCACUACCGCUCCGUCAGGGGGAUUUGGCACAAACGCUUCGUCGGGAGGUCUCUUUGGUUCAACUGUUCCAUCGGGGAGUCUCUUUGGCAAACCUACUCCAUCAGGAGGUCUCUUUGGUAAACCCGCCUCCGAUCCCGAAGACAAAACUAAACCGCCUCCCCCCCGCUGCAGUCUUGCUGCUAAAACCAGCCCAAUCAUUGAGGAGCUAUUUAAAACAGUCAAUGGUCUACAGCUUGGUGACUAUGUCAAAAAGGAGUGAAGUAUGGCUCGACAUGUUGGUGGUUUGCUGGGCAUGGAAGGUAAAACCAUUGCUUCUCCGGAGUAAUAAUGUCUUUAAUAAUAUAUAUGUUAAAGGACUGCAUGUAAUAAACUCUAGCAGACAAAGAAAGAUUUCAGGGUUGA